AUUAUUAAAGUGCUUAUUGGCUCUCCGUCGUGCCGAACCGAAUCGUAUCGAACCGAACCGUUAGACUUCGAUCACUGCGGACCCCGAAGCGCGAGGAUAAUCGAGAUUAACGUGAUUCAGUGAUUGGUAUUGAUCGACAGGAUCUAGAAUGUGGUAAAAGUGAACGAACUGUGGUGUAUUCAGUGAUAAACCUUUAGAAUGGAUAACGACAACGACUCCAAGAGUCAAGCGGAGAACCAUAGGGGCUCGGUGUCCUCGAGCAGGUCUCUGGAAAUACCCGUCACCCCCUCGCGUUCCCCUAAGAAGGUCUCCUUCUCUGACGAGCUGCCCACCACGACAGCGGCAGCGGCAGCAGCAGAAGCGGUGCCAAAGUUCGAGUCGCAGUCCCCGGCGCAUCAGCCAGUCCCGCUGCAGGCGAGUGGAGUCAGUCACGUGCUGCACCAGGCGGCCCAGUACCUGGAGAGAUUACACGGCGGUUCUCGCGAUCAUCCUGUAGAGGAAGUCCACGCUAGUGCGGAUUCAGAUGGCGAUAGCACCACAAGCGCCGCCGUACUCGACCUGGACUCAACGGAUGGAGCUGUGCCGCCACCGUCGGCGACGGCCCCAGUUGGUUUAGUGCUCGCCACCUCUCCCAGCAUUCUGAUAGCCAACGAUGGCAGCAGCAGCGUCGGCAAACAGGAAGCGACGCUGGCGAAUACGAACUCGAAUCAGAUUCAGCAUCAGCAUCAGCAUCAGAGCUGGAGUCCGAUUCAGAAUCGACAUCAGAAUACGACUCGGUUGCAAUCAAAUUUGUACAUGGAACGAUACAACCUCAAUUUAGAUAAAAACUGCAGCUCCAUGGAGUUGGAGGCACGUCGGGAGAAGCAGCGCUGGCUCUUGAUAUCGGAGUGCAGUGCGCUCUUUGACGAGGGCGAGGGAAGGCACACACGUGAAGCCUUCCGCAAGCUCUUUCUGGACGAGGAAUUCCAGCAAAAGCUCUUCCAGCUCUUCGAUCUCGAACGGCAUGGUUAUCUUCUACAAGACCGCUGGAUCGAGCAUAUCAAGGGGCGUUUAACCGACGACCGUCAGAUGGACUUUGCCGAGCAGAUCGAAUCGGUGGCCUAUGUGAUCUGCGGGGAGAACAGCAGAGUGAGCUUCAAGAACUUCCGCGACAUCUGGCAUACGCGCGGAAUACUGGACAAGUUGUAUCGCCUGAUAGACAUGGAUGGGACCAAUCUCAUUUCCACCAAUCAGGUAAUGGAGUUUAUUUCGCAUCUGACCAACUCCCGGCCGCGGACCGGCUUCGACAAGAGCUCUCUAGCCCGCCUGGAGCAGCUGUUCCGCAACACCGUCGGCAACGAGCAGGAGAUUCGGCGCGAGGAGUUCCAGAAGAUUGUCACCUCCAAAAAUCCCUUCUUCACGGAGCGUGUCUUUCAAAUCUUUGACAAGGACAACUCCGGCUCCAUUUCGCUGCAGGAGUUCAUUGAUGCCAUACAUCAGUUCUCGGGACAGUCGGCCGAUGAUAAGAUACGCUUCUUGUUCAAGGUCUACGACAUAGAUGGCGAUGGCCUCAUUCAGCACAAGGAGCUGCACGAUGUGAUACGUCACUGCAUCAAGGAGAAUGGCAUGGAGUUCUCCGAAGAUCAGAUCGAAGACCUCACCAGCGCCAUGUUCGAGGAUGCGGAUCCCCACAACAGCGGCGAGAUCACUUACGAGGCGCUCAAAAAUCAGCUGAACAAACACGGUGGUCUCCUGGAGAACCUCAGUAUAACGAUCGAUCGCUGGCUGGUGCCCGUGGCCGAGGAUCGUCCGGCGGGCACUGGCAGGCUGUGGAACACGAUACCUCACCAGCUGACGCUGGCCUACAUGAAGAACAACCAGGUUUUUGUCACGUACCUCUUCUUCUACAUAGCCGUAAAUCUCUGCCUGUUCAUCUCACGUGCCAUCCAGUACCGGGCCAGCAAUGGCUUCGUCAUCAUAGCCAGAGCCUGCGGACAAUGCCUAAACUUCAACUGUGCAUGGGUCCUGGUGCUGAUGCUGCGGCACUCCCUCACGUAUCUCAGGGGACGGGGAUUGUCUUCGUAUCUGCCGCUGGACCACCAUGUCUACCUGCACAAACUGACGGGGAUCACAAUAUCGGUUCUCAGCCUGGUGCACACGAUCAUGCAUCUGUUCAACUUCUCCAUCAUCGUGAUCAACGACCCCAACAUCAACGCCGGGCACUACACGAUCGGGGAGUGGCUACUGACGGAUCGGCCGGGCCUGUUUGGACUGAUUCCGGGCUGCGCCAAUCCCACGGGCGUCGCCCUGCUGGCCAUCCUCGUGGUGAUGUUCGUGUGCUCGCAGCCGUUCGUGCGGCGCAAGGGCAGCUUCGAGGUCUUCUACUGGACGCACCUGCUGUACGUCCCCUUUUGGAUACUCACCCUGUUCCACGGGCCCAACUUCUGGAAGUGGUUCCUGCUGCCGGGUCUCGUCUACAUCGUGGAGCGGGUGCUGCGCUACGUGUGGAUGCGGGGCGAGCACGGCAAAACCUAUAUCAGCUCCGGCCUGCUACUGCCUUCCAAAGUAAUCCAUCUGGUCAUCAAGCGGCCGUUCAACUUCAACUUCCGCCCCGGCGACUAUGUGUUCGUGAACAUUCCCGCCAUCGCCAACUACGAGUGGCACCCGUUCACCAUCAGCUCCGCGCCCGAGCAGGAGGACUACAUGUGGCUGCACAUCCGUACUGUGGGCGAGUGGACCAACCGCCUCUACCGCUACUUCGAGGCCGAGCAGCAGAAGCUGCACAAGAGCGAAGUGGGCCAGCACAUGCACGCCAUUCCCACGCCCAGCUUCAUGCUCCUCAACGAGGCACGCAAUCCCGCGCUGAACGGAGACAUGGCCACCACCACGUCUACUCCGCAAACAGAUUUCCUGGCCCGAAACAUGGUGGGACAGGCAAGGCCGCCAGUGCGACCUCCUCGUCAGCAUCGCAAGCUCGUGGCCGUCAGUCCCCAAGCACCGGAUCCCGCACCAACCACGGGCGUGAAUCGUAUCCGGAGCAUCAAGAAAACCCUGCAGCGAACCUUCUCCAGGAAAGAGCCAGGUGAGCCGAAGGGUAAGCCCAGUCCGCCGGGCGUGGUUAACGGAUCCUUCAUCGGCGACGGUGAGCGCGAGGAUCCAGGAGGUUUCAAGCAGCGGCCGCUGGAAAAGAGCAUUUCCCUGCCGGACAUCAGCGUAAAGAUCAAGAAGCGCAGCCGGCUCAAGGCUCUUCGUGCCCUGGGCCGUUCGGAGUCGGAGCGUACUUUCGAUGACAAGCGGGUACGCCGUGCCCGCAACAACAGCGUUGGCCUGGCGUAUCUCAGUCCGCAGAACAAGUCGCUGGCCCAGAGCUUCCGGUACAUGCGCAACAAGCCCACCAUCAUCGCCUUCAAGACGCCCAGCAUGGAGGAGCACGAGUCGCAGUCCCAGCUGACGAUUGCGCCGGAGAACAGCGGUAGUCCGGCCAGCAGGGCGGAGCAGGGGCAGCUUGCCAAGGCGGAGUCCAGCGACAGGCUUCAUAUGACCAGGCUCAGCCUGACAGCGGAUGUCGUGUGCAAGCCACUCGAGGACAGCAACCAAACGUGGACGAGCAGCAGAAAGUCCAUUCUGCGGCGUCCCACAUUCCUACGCACUUUGUCCACAUCCCUAACCAACCGGGGCGGCGGAGGUGGAGGUGGAGGCGGUAGCUCCACAACUAACAGCGGUAGCAAGGUCACACUAGAUGCGGGCGUCAUGGAGAUCUUCAUUGACGGCCCGUACGGUGCUCCCUCGAGCCACAUCUUUGGGGCCCAGCAUGCGGUGCUCAUCGGCACCGGGAUCGGUGUCACGCCCUUCGCCUCCAUUUUGCAGUCCAUCAUGCACCGCUACUGGAAGGCGCGGCACAGCUGUCCACGCUGCCAGUUUGAGUGGGCUAGUGAGAUCCCCAAGUCUGUGAUGAAUCUGCGGAAGGUGGACUUCUUCUGGAUCAACCGCGAUCAGCGAUCCUUCGAGUGGUUUGUGAAUCUUCUCUCCCAGCUGGAGAUUGAGCAGGCGGAGCUAGGCGGCGCCAUGGAACGUUUCCUCGAUAUGCAUAUGUACAUCACAAGUGCCCUGCAGAGGACCGACAUGAAAGCGGUGGGUCUUCAGCUAGCCCUGGAUCUGCUCCACGAGAAGGGCAAGCGGGAUCUUAUCACGGGUUUGAAGACACGCACAAAUGCAGGACGCCCCAACUGGGACAAGGUAUUCAAGCAGCUGCAGGCACAGCAAAAGGGCAAGGUGACUGUCUUCUACUGCGGUCCCCCGCAGCUGGCCAAGACGCUGCGCUACAAGUGCGAUCAGUACGGGUUCUCAUUUCGUAAGGAGUGCUUCUGAAGAAGCCAUCCCACCUCUAUCUCUCUCCAUAUCCGUCUCUGUGGUUUUCUCUGUCCAUUGUGUCCAUUAAUCUGUCCCUCCAUUGCUAUCUCAUUUGCAUAAGCAACGUGUUUUAUUUUCGGGUACGGUUCGGUUAGCGAAGCUUAGAUGGCUAUUUAUUCGUCAUAUGUUGUUGUUGUCUCAUCUGUUGAAUGUGUCCCCCACAGCUUGUAAAUAUCUGUAUCCACAUACAUAUAGGUAUGUAUAUCUAUAUACUCAUACAAUAAAGUUUGUUACUCGA